AUGUCACGAGUUGCUAAGAAUUUAUUUGUGAAGUUAAUAGUAGAUGCAGGUAAAGCAACACCUUCACCUCCAGUGGGCCCUGCGUUAGGUUCCAAGGGUAUUAAAGCGAUGGAUUUUUGUAAAGAGUUCAAUGCACGUACAGCGUCAUAUCAGCCCGGUACACCCAUCCCUGUGAUGAUAACUAUAAAGCCAGAUAGAUCUUUCAGUUUUGAAAUGAAGUCUCCACCUACGGGAUACCUAUUGUUGAAAGCACUAAGAGUCGAUAAAGGCCAUGGACAACCAAACAUUUCAAUUCCUGAGAGAACAGUUGGUGAACUGUCACUAAAGCACAUCUAUGAAAUUGCAAAAAUAAAAAAGUCAGAUGGCAAGCAUUCCAUGCUUUCAAUGGAAGGAAUUGUAAAGUCUGUCAUUGGCGUUGCAGGAAGCAUGGGUAUUAAAGUUGUUCCUUGA